AAAAAAAAAAAAGGUCUUUCAGCGUAGGUACUUUUUCUAGUAAAAAUCACCAAGUUCGCUAGAUUCACUUCUGUUUGUUCAAAACUCGCUUACGCACAAUAUUAUGAAAAAACAAGAGCAAAAACAUAAACUUCAAACAAAUCUUUGUUUCAGAACUAGGGUUCCUUAUAUACAAAAAAUCAAUAAACAAUCUUUUUUUUCUUGUUUCUUAGUUUCUUUUGUCAUUUUCUCAGAAAAAUUCACAAUUUUUUUUAAAAUUUAAUUUUCGUUUCCAAAGAGACAAAUCUAUCUUAAAUCCCAAUCUGGGUGUUUUUUUUUAUUUUGUCUUAGAUACUUUGCUUCCUAUACAGAUUUGAACUUUACCCAUUUCUCAAUAUCUGUUUGCCAGCCAAACAAAUCAAGGGAAAAGGAAAAAGAAGGUUUAAAUCUUUUAUUCGAAUCUGGGUUCUUUAUGUUCCUAAGUGGAUCUCUAAUUCUGGGUUCUCUUCACUGGGAGCUUACAUUACUUUCCAGGGAGAAUUGGGUGUUAAACUCAACAUCCAAGAAGCAAACUUGAUUUGAUGAGUAAAGAUGGUGUUCAAAUCUAAGAUAAAAUGGGUUGCAUUAUUUGUGUUGACUUUAUCUUUGGGAUCAUUGGUGGCUCAUCUUUCAUUGACAAAGUUUUCAAGUAUGAAUUUAAUCCAAUAUAGCGCAAAAGAUGCUUUAACCCAUGAUUUUCCUAUUAUCGGAUCACCGGGUGGCAGAAAUAAGAGGCUAUGGGGUGCUGUGAGGUCAUUGGAGUCUUUGCAGCCAUAUGCAAACCCAAGAAACAGCUAUCCUGUGCCAAAUGAAAAUAAUAAUGGUUUCAUCUAUGCAAAAAUCUAUGGUGGGUUCGAGAAGAUAAGAUCUUCGAUCUGUGAUCUUGUCACCAUAUCCAGGCUUCUAAAUGCUACUCUUGUAAUUCCAGAGAUACAAGAAAGUACUCGUUCAAAAGGCAUCAGUUAUAAAUUCAAGAGUUUUUCCUAUCUUUAUGAUGAGGAGCAGUUCAUUGCAUCACUUAAAAAUGAUGUGAAUGUUGUGAAAAGCCUGCCUCAGCAUUUGAAGGCUUCAAAAAGAAGGAAUGAGUUCCCUACUUUCAAGACCCAAAAUUCUGCUUCGCCAAAUUUUUAUGUUAAAGAAGUUUUGCCAAACUUGAAGAAAGCCAAGGUUGUUGGGUUGAUUAUUACGGAUGGAGGGUGCCUGCAGUCGAUUCUUCCACCUAGAAUGUCCGAGUUUCAAAGGCUUAGAUGCAGGGUUGCCUUUCAUGCCCUCCAGUUUCGUCCUGAAAUUCAGAUCCUUGGCCACCAGAUGGUGGAGAGGUUACGAGCAUCGGGACAACCUUUCCUAGCAUAUCAUCCUGGUAUAGUAAGGGACACCUUGGCAUAUCAUGGUUGUGCUGAACUUUUCCAGGAUGUUCAUACAGAACUUAUACAAUACCGAAGGGCACAGAUGAUUAAGCAAGGGAUCAUUAAUGAAGAACUAAGCAUUAACUCACACUUGCGCAGAGAAAAUGGUUCAUGUCCUCUCAUGCCUGAAGAGGUUGGACUUCUUCUUCGUGCAAUGGGUUAUCCUUCUAAAACAAUUAUAUACCUGGCAGGUUCUCAAACUUUUGGCGGUCAACGUCUUCUGAUACCUCUACGUGCUAUGUUUGUAAACCUAGUGGAUCGCACUUCAUUGUGCAGCAAGACAGAGUUGUCGGACUUGGUUGGUCCUGAAGCACCUCUUCCUCCAGAUAUUUUUCAACUACCUCAUCCAAAAAGUGAUGAACAACUUAAAGAAGAGUGGAAUAGGGCUGGUCCACGGCCCCGGCCCCUUCCUCCACCUCCAGAUAGGCCCAUAUAUCAACAUGAAAAAGAAGGUUGGUAUGGUUGGAUUACUGAGAAAGAGAAAGAACCAGACCCUUCACCUAUGGAUCUUAGGAUGAAAGCUCACAGGUUACUUUGGGAUGCCCUUGAUUAUAUAGUCUCAGUGGAAGCUGAUGCAUUCUUUCCUGGUUUUAACAAUGAUGGUAGUGGAUGGCCAGAUUUCUCAGGCUUGGUUAUAGGACAAAGGUUAUAUGAGAGGGCUUCUUCUAGAACGUAUCGACCAGACAGGAAAGCUAUUGCUGCACUUUUCAACAGUACCCGUGAUGAUAUGUACCAUCCCAAGCGUAAUUGGACACUAUCAGCUAAGGAACAUCUGAACAGAAGUUUGAGUGAAGAUGGCCUUAUCAGGCAAUCUUUGUUGUCAAAGCCAACCUCUUUCCUGUCGCAUCCGCUUCCUGAAUGCUCUUGUAGAAUUUCUUCUGUGGAAAUCCGAAAGCAAAUUAAAGGCAAAGAUGGCAGACUUUUAUAUGGAGGAGAAGAGGAGUGCCCCAAAUGGAUGCAGUCAGCUGGGGCUGGAGGGGUUAGAAAUGAUUACACUGAAUUGGCAGAAGAUGAUAAUGAUGUGGUUGAACAGCUAGAAUCCGAUGGUGCUGAUGUCACAAGUAGCUUAACUUCACUGAUUGAUCAUGAUGAAGAAUGGGAUCCUAAUGACUAAUUGGAUUUACAGAUGAUACAGUUUCCUCUUUAUAUCAUCAACCAGUGGAAUUCAGUUUCUGGUGAAUUCUUCUGGAAUGAAAUUUUUUGAGACACGAGGAUAACAGCUGAAGCCAUUCUUUAUAGUUCCAGGUCUAAUAUUUUCGGAUGAAUAAGUAGCCAAAUUUUUGUCCUUUUGAGUAGUUUCUGGCUUAUACAUCAAAGUUUUUGAACGUGAUAACAGUGGAAAGAUUUGAUGCAGUGAUAUGAAUUACAGCCUGAAGCUAAAAGUGGGAGAUAAGCUAAAACUCAGUGCUGUAAUCUUUGAGGUGGUGCAAUAUUUCUUGUUGUGCGUCUUCAAAUGCUUUUUUUUUUUUUUUUCCUGGUUAAAAAGAGUGUAAAUUUGCAUAGAAAAAGGAUGUCAAUGAGAUAGUUUUGUUCUGACAAAUUCUUUUACCAUGUGAUUAGUUUGGAUUUUUUUUAUAUAUAUAUUUUUUCAUUAGUGAACUUUUUUGUUUGGUACUCGGAGGAAAAUUUGUUAAAGGGCAGGAUUAUUUUAACAAUUUGGGUCACUCAUUUUAUUCAGCGAAAUUAAGUUGUUUUGAUUAAUGCCUCGAUGCUAUAAGAAAUCUUGAAGAUUAAUUUGGUAAUUUGUGAAU